AUGAGUAAAAAAGAGGGAGAUGGUCUUGAUGCUUUGUGUUUCCCUAAUGCGGAAGAUUAUCAAAACGAAUUUGAUACAGCCAAAUAAGUACUUUUGGGAUCAGGAUCUUAUGGCUAAGUUUAUAAAAUGACAUUUAAAUCGAACCCUUCAUAAAAUUGUGCAGUAAAAAUAGUUCAGUGUAUUAAUAAAAAAUCAUAUGAUUCAGCAUUAAAGGAGGUUUAAUUGAACAGGCAAAUUAAUAUCCAUCCCAAUAUUAUAUACUUUGACAAAAUCUAUGCCUGGUCUGAAACCAUUCCAGUCUAGAAAUAUUUUUUAGUGUUUCAAAUGAAAUUGGCUAUGGGUAGUUUGAAGGAUCUAAAAGAUGAUGAAAUCAGAGCCAACAGAAAAACUUUUAAUGAAACAACUUUCUUAAAUAUUGUCAAUCAAUUAUUAUAAGCAUUUCUCUUUCUGCAAUAGAAGGAACUGUAUCAUAGAGAUAUCAAGCCAGAGAACAUCCUUUACGAGAAGGAGAACGAAAAAGUUGUAGUUCGAAUUGCUGAUUUUGGUGUUAGCAAAGCAUUAGAACAUUUCAAAAACAAUGUUAAAAAUACUCUUGUCGGAACACCACUGUAUUUAUCACCAAAAUUGUGGGAAGCUUACAUUAAUGGCUAAUAUAAUGAUGUUAAACACAAUUUAGAAAAGUCAGAUGUAUUUUCCUUAGGAGUUACACUCAUAUAAACGUAUUUGUUGUUACAAGAUCAUGAUAUAGCAGGUCUCAAUGAUUAAAAAUAAAACAAAAUCCCUAUUAUAAUAUAAAAGAUUUAUCAUGACAAAAUCAAAGAGCUGUUGACAGGAAUGCUUAACUAUGAUGAAAAAUCCAGAUUCACUUGGCAACAGGCAUAGAAUUGCCUUAAUGGAAUUGAUAAGAUGAAUGGGAGCAUAGAGCAGAAUUAAGGAGGAGGGAGUCUCUAAAAUAAAGAAAAAAAUUAUGUUUUACACAUUCCUUAUGAAAAGACUAUCAUGAAUAAAUCAUAAUCUAUUAAGUUGAGAAAAAUAAAUUAGAUCUACUGUUAAGAAUUGAAUGAAAUCACAAAAGGCUAAAUUGCUGAUAAUUAAAGCAUUAUCGUUUUCAGUGAUAACUAUUUUAGUGAAAUAAAUUUUGAAGGUGCAGCCAUUUAAAAAAGACAAAUUUAAAAUCUCAAAUGUGUAUGUUUGACUGAAUAACCAAGAAAGAUUAUAGGCUUAUUUGAAAACAAUACAAUCUAGAUCUUGGAUGAUGAGAUGUGUUAACCAUUUAGUUUAGCUUAGACUCCAUAAGAAAUUAAUGUGAUAUGCUAGAUGAGAGAUUCCAAUGUUCUUUUUGGGUUUAGUAAUGGAGAGGUGCAAGUACUGCAACUUCAAGAUAAGUCUUUAAAAGUGUUAAAUACAUUGAAGGAUCAUACUGCUUAGAUUAAUUUAAUCUAUUUUGAUAAACUCAAUCAGAUGUUAAUUACAUCUGAUAGUUCUCGAAUAUUAAGUGUUAGAUUUUUAUUUAAUAAUAAAUUCUCUUAUUUAAAAUUAGAUUAUGUAGCACAACAUGUGGAAUUAUUGAGCAAUACUUAAAUUGUGGUCAAUGGAUAAAGAUUGAACGAAAUUUUAAUUUUGCAUAUAUCUCAUUUUUAAAAGGAACCUGGAAUUAAACUAGAAGUUAAAUAAACUUUAUCUCUAUAAACUGGAUGUGUAUUAUCCUUAAUUAAUUUAAGUGAAAAAUGCUUAUUUGUAUCCACUGAGAAAGAAAUAAUUAUUUAUGAUUUAUAAUCAAUUCAAUAAGACUCAGGGCACCUUUUCAAUAAUCAAAUGCAGUAAACAUUUUAUUACUGUAAUUGGAUAAGAGAACGUGGAUACUUGAUUACUAAUGAUGGAUAGAGAAUAAUGAAAUGGGAAAUUGAUUAUGAAAAAAACUAAUUAUUUGGGACAAAUUUGGUUUAACCUUAAACAAAGAAGUGCUGUUGUUGUAAACGUUGCUCUAUUAUGUGA